AUGGAUGAUAUAGAAUCAAUAAGGUAUUUGAUCACCGCACUAAAAAAUCCUUCGAAUGAAAAUAAUGCCACUGCUGAGUCGCAGAUACUUAAUAAUAUAGUGUAUUUCACUCCACGGCUUCGAGAUGUACAGGUAGUCUCUCAAUUGAUACAAGUAUUUUUUCAAUGGAAACCCAGGUGGCUAACCAUUUGGGAUAUCUUUAAGGCGUCGUCGAGUAUCAUGCAAUGGAAACUUGAGAUUUCGGAACCUCAAAUUAACAUCCACACUUUUGUUUCGCUUUGGAAGCAAGAAAUUGGGUCAUAUCGUGCCCUAAACUGUUUCCAAAUCUCCAUUGUGGCAGGUCUUGUCAGUAGUCACUCACAACUCAACACUUUGCAAAAACAAUUGUACAUUGAUGACUCUGGUAUAGCAGAAAAGGAAUUGCACGACUUAAAAUACCGUCAUUUUCUUCCGUACUGGAAACAACAACUUAUCAUAGCUAGGGGCAAUCCGCACCAAACUGAUGAUUUGUGUGUAUUGUACUCAAUGAUACAUUCUAAGUUGGACAAUGACUUACCGCAUGAUAUUAUAUUCAGCAAUUUAUUCGAUAUUCUCGUUGAUUAUAUUAAAAAUGCAAAUAUGGAAUACUCCGGCAGAAAUGCUUUUGCUUAUCAGCAUAUCAACCUUCUUUGUAAGACGUGUGCUGAUAGCAUACCACAUUUACACAAUCAUUCUGAACUUUUGAUGGGUAAAAUGAUAACUUUACAUGAUAUUACUAAGAAACUAACAGCUAAGGCAUCUCUUUCAAAAAAGGGAAAUUACACUGCGAAGUACUACACUAACUGCUUAUUCAUAGUAGUUCUACUUUUAUCUGGUUACAGACCAGACCCUUCAAAUGUUUCCAUAAUGACAUUUACGUUGUAUUACAUUAGUUUUAUUCUGCAAGAUUUUGGUUUGGAUGGGUUUUCUGCAUACCAAAGCUUAAUACAUUCUCUAUGCAAUGUAACGUCUCAGGAUCUGAAGAUUUUUGACUCUAUUCUUACAGGUAUGGUGUCCCAAGUUUCUUUUGACAUGGAGAACAAAGUUUACCAUUCUAUGAUGCUGUUCAUUUUAGAAUACCUUCAAUUAAACAUGUCGUUAUUAGAAAUUCCAGAUGCACAAUAUUUGACCGAACGUAUUGAGCCUCUUAUUGGUCCGCUUCUUUCUUCCACAGAUAUAAAACUCAGGGAAAGCGCUCAUUUGGUAUGGUUGGAGCUUUAUAACAAUGAUUCGUGGAAACCUGACAUAGUAGAAUUCAAAUUGAAACGAAUCAGAGUGUACUUGAGAGACUGCUUUCAAGGAUGCCAGAAAUCUUUCAUGACUAAGGAACAAUUAUUACUUGUAUGGAAAAGCAUGCUACCCAUAAUCAGGCAUCUUUCCAAUUAUGACAUUAAUUUAGUAAGAGACCUAAUUCACAGCACUUAUCUCAAUAUAAUUAAUAGUGAAAAUUUAGAAAUGAAAUCCAUUGGUAUCGAAUGUCUAGUUGAACAGUUGUACAAUGUACCUGAGAAAUACUUGUGGGACUGGUUAAACACAUGCAAGCAACUAAUUGAAGGACAACCACCUGUCAUGCGUGAUAUACUGUUCACUAAGCUUUGGGAGUUUGUGUCACAUGCGCAUAAUGAAUUGGCAAUCAGAUGGUGGUAUGAUGCCGUUGUUCCCACUUUAUCACGUUUUUAA